AUGAAUUCCGCCCUUCACGAACAAAGCUCACCCGCCUCGGGCCUCUCGUCAACAGACUCCGUCAUGGACAACGGCCCCCAAGCCCCAAACACCACGCCCGGCAUCCCGCUGGACAAGCUGCAGCCCCGAGCGCAAUGGAUCGACUGUCCUGAGUGCGGGAAACGAUCACAGACGGUCGUCGAAGGACGCAGCGAAGGGAUGAAGACGUUUAUGAACCUCAUGUGGUGGCCGUUGCCUGGACGCAAGCACUGGUUCGAGAAGAUUCACUGGUCGUGUAGUAACUGCAACAAGCAGCUUGCUAUGCAGAAGAACGGAAAGGAUCUACAGGUUCUUGUGUAG